AUGAAGGCGAUCUACAUCAAGAACCGCCUGCCGUCACCCAGGAUCGACCACAAGACUCCGUUCGAGAUCGUGUACAAGUCGAAACCAAGCGUCAAGCACAUGCGCGUGUUUGGAUGUCAAGCGUACAUCCUGACACUAAAGGUGAAGCGAAUGAAGUGUGACUCGAAGGCUCGUGCACGGAUGUUCAUGGGCUACGAAGAAGCGUCAAAGGCGUACCGAGUGUACGACAUUGAGGCAGGCCAAGCGGUGAUCAGUCGUGACUUCACCUCCGACAAAUCGACUUUUGACUUUUCGAUGAGCCGAUCAAGUGACGACGAUAAAGAUGCGGAGUUGGACCUCAACCUCCUGGCGAUCAACAAUGACGACGUGCGUCAGAUCACCUACAAGCAGACUGGCAAGCGCAAGAGUGAAGCAAGCACCGGCAUGUCACGAUCAUCUCACCAUCGAACUGGGUUGGAACAAGCAAGUGUGCCGGAACGCGUCUCCAACCGUCACCAGAAACGACGAUCAAGUGCUCCCGAAAUGAUGUCUGAUGACGAAGAAGAUGUAGGCGCCUACGAUCAAGAUGACGACUUUGAUCGUUUGGAGUUGGUGAAGGCGAUCUACGGUCUCAAGCAAGCUUCGCGGGUAUGGAACGAGAAUUUCGACGUGUUCGUGUGCUCCAUCGGUUUCGAGGUGCCGGCGUUCGACCCAUGUCUAUACAUCAAGAUCGCUCGAGUUGAUUGCGCAACGAAGGCUGAUCUCAAGACACGCUUCGAGAUGACCAACAGUGGCAAGUGUACUUUUGUACUUGGCAUCGAACUGGUGGACGGCUUGGAUGGCAGCGUGACGAUGUGCCAGCGACGGUAUGCCAACGACGUCUUCAAGCGUUUCGGCAGGUAUGAGUGCAAGGCCACAGCAAGUCCGGUCGGUUUGAGCACUCGGCUUGUCGCAAGCAGCGAAUCGGCCAAGAUCAACGUUCCGUUUCGCGAAGCUGUUGUAUCUCCAAUGCACUUAACGACUGCGACGCGCCAUCGCGUAUGCUGUGGGGUACUUCUCACACUUCAUGGAUAA